AUGUUCUGUUUCAAGAGCAUCGAAGGUUGGCGGCUGCUGUGGUGUUCACGCGUCGUCCGGCUUGCACUUGCCAGCCAGAGCGCAGACGAGGAGCCUGCUGGGAGGGAGGACAAGCUCGGUUCAGCGUCUACUACCGUUGGUUGGGCCGCCGACCGCUGUUGGCCUGUCGGUGGCGAGGAUGCCUGCCUGACCUACGCUGACAAGUCGCCGGAUGAGGCUUCUGUGGCAGUCCUUUACAGGGAAGGUUGCCGUGAGAAGGUGUUGAAGCAUCUGUCAGCCUCCAGCGAGGAGGAGCUGAAGGGUUCCGGUGAGCUGCCUCCAGACCCAAAGGCCUUCAGCAAGGGCAGCAAAGCUCUGCCUCGGUCCUGGCUGCUGGCUCGGGAGCUCCUGGCGAUGAUGCUCGGGGCUGGAGCUGGAACCUUCGAUGCACGGAGCAGGGCUGCCAUGAUUGAGAUGAUCCUGGGUUGCAGACAUGAGAAAAAGUUUGGCCACUUCGGCAUUCCCGAACAGGUGAUAGCUGGUUGGGAGUCCGAGAUUGGCGGCGCUCUGUUUGAGGCUUUGGAGGCCUCAAGCAUCCUCGAGGCGCAGAAAGCUGCGAGAGGCAAUUGGAGGAAAAGCAAGGUGGCCAUGGCCGCGGCCGGCGGUGGGCUUGUCUUGGCCAUCACUGGUGGUCUUGCUGCGCCCAUCGUUGCACCGGCAUUGGCAACAGGUGUUGUUUAUGUUUGUCAGCUUUCCCGAUCCGCGGCUCUGCUUGACAAUGUUGUUGCAGAAGAUCCGGUAGCGAUCCUCGAGAAGCCAGAAGCCACCCAGACCUGCUGGCUUUUGGUCACUUGUACAGCGGGGGCCGUGGCCUUGUUCGGCGCAACAGGCGCUGGACUGACCGGGUGGAAGAUGUCGAAGCGAUGGGGAGACUUGGAGGAAUUCGAAUUCCAGCCAUUGGAAACCAGCUUCAGGAGGCCACGGCAGCGCUGGAUCAAGCGACCACCGAUGGCACGUUGCGUGAGGACGUUGCCGUACCUAUCGCUGGCGGUGGGCUGCACGCUCUCCGAAAAGGACACCCACACAAGCGACAGUAGCCUGGCAAGGUGCAUCGGACAGUUGACAGAACCUGUGUGUGCAUGGAUGAAUGGCGCAUACGAAGUAGCUGUGGCGCAACUUGGUGCCGUGAGUCCUGGUGGGAGCACGACCGUGCGCUACCACUUCCAGCACAAGGUGGACCAGGUGCAGAGGCCCAUGGCCAAGCAGGGGAAGAGGGCAUUUCGUGAGUUGCCAGUCCACGAGAUCCACGAUAAGAGGGCUCAGGGCUUCGGUGACCAGAGCUGCACCGCCAGGGCUGACUUUCGAAAGCCGUGGAUGGACGCAGCCAAGGUGUUCUUUCCCAAGAGUGGAGUUGCUGGAUGUGAGCGGUGUGCUUUCGUCUUAGCGCAUGUUCACGUGAAGGGCCCGCGCGGCCCUGGGGGAUACAUGGCAGGGUCGGGGGAAGAAUUGUACAGCUUCACCUACUCGGAUGGCUUGCGCAAAGGCUGUCACAUUGUGGAGCAGCUCCACGUGGACAAGAUAGCAGGGCGCUUUACUUGGACACGUGGCCUUCAGAGCGAGGGCAAGGAGGUUGCUUCGAAGCGACAAGGUAGCUCCUAUGUGAUAUCGCAUGUGUCCAGCGUCCGGUUUGCAACUCGCCUGGGUGAUCCCAACUCGGAGUUUCUGAGCGCCACGCAGCGACAGCUUGUCAAGCAUCGUGCGAUACGGACUUGGCUCAGCAGCAAUGCACCGUCCAUACUGGGCCUGCUUGCCGUCCUCUUCAACGCCUUGACAGUGACUCUGGUACUUGCAGCAUGCCUAUGCCACGCCACAUGGCAAGUCUUUCCUCAGGCGGGCGAUAGUUUCGACAUGUCUCAAGGCCCAGAUUCGGAAGCGCUCGCAGCUGCUGCAACUCUUUCAGUCUUGACGGUGCUUGCCGCAACGGUGGCAGGCUGGUGGCUGGGCAUCUUCAGAUGUAGAUGCUGCGGCUUCAAGGCCUUUGAGCGUGAGACGGUGGGCACCGCGACAAGGUUGACUUCAAAGAUAGCUGCGAGGUGCAAGAUCCAGAGGCCACUGACUGGGGCAGUUCUCGCUGUCUGCAUACUCUGGUGCUUUUUCGUGCUGCUGUUGUGCCCGAUAGCUUAUGGCCUGAGUCGCCGAACCAUGUGCGACGAGGGUAGCUGUAGCCCGGAACCGGGCUCUCCUUUGCUCCCCACCUGUGGUGUCGGCCGCUGCCGAUGCGGGGGCCUGGCGGAUCUGACAUGCAUUACAGCCAGUGCAGGGCAGGACCUGUCACUCUGCAGAAAUGUGAAGCAGCCCAUGUGCACAGCCGCGGGCAGUGAUCAAACUGCAAGCGGCGUGCACCUGCCGCUGUUGGCAUCUGCCGUGGGGUCAACAGGUGUCGCCGUACUGCUGGGCCUCGUGUGGCUGCUGAAUGCUUGGGGCAUGUAUGCCGGCUGGGUGAGAGCAAUAGAUCCAUCGGAGGUGGUCAUGGUGCCCCAGGUGCAAUACCACAGGCCCGGAAAUGGGACGUUGGCUUAG